GGUCCGAUCAAUCCUGUAUAAAACCAGCUCAAACGUGUACAACCUCAUCCAUGUAACUCAUCGAAAAUGGCUUCCAACGAUAAUCACAUCCUUCUCUUUUUCUGCUUCUCCUUUCUCUCUCUCCUCCAAAUUAACUCGUGCAUGGCCCAAAACAUCAAAGGAGGCUAUUGGUUCCCGGGCAGCGGCGUCGCCGCCUCCGACAUCGACUCGACCCUCUUCACUCAUCUCUUCUGCGCGUUUGCAGACCUUGAUGCGUCGACGAACCAGGUGGUCAUAUCGUCGUCAAACGCUCAGUCUUUCGUGGCCUUUACUAGUGAUGUCCAGCAGAAGAACCCGUCGGUCAUAACCCUCCUGUCCAUCGGGGGCGGCGGCUCGAGCGCGGAUGACUUUGCAUCCAUUGCGACCCAGUCUAGCUCCCGAAAGACUUUCAUCGAUUCCUCCAUAGCCCUAGCUCGGUCCAACGGCUUUCACGGCCUUGAUCUUGAUUGGGAAUACCCGGACACUGAUGCGAAGAUGGCCAACUUGGGGUUGCUCCUCCAGGAGUGGCGGACUGCGGUGGCUGCUGAGGCGGCCAGCUCGGGCAACGAUGCUUUGCUUUUGUCGGCGGCAGUCUAUUACUCGUCGCACUACUGGUCGCCCACGGAUUAUCCUGUGGCCACCGUGGCAGCGAGCUUGGAUUGGAUCAACGUGAUGGCCUAUGAUUUCUUUGGCAAUUGGUCCCCCACCACAGGACCACUUGCUGCGCUCUAUAAUCCAGGGAACGGCUUAAGUGGAGACGACGGGGUGACCACUUGGAUUCAGGCCGGCAUGCCGGCAGGGAAGAUCGUGCUAGGCUUCCCAUUCUACGGCCGCGCAUUCGUCCUCGCGGAUGCCAACAACCAUGGCUACUUCGCGCCCUUCACUGGGGCGGCGGUAUCCUCCGAUAGGUCGAUUGUGUACAAUCAGAUCACGGCGUACAUAUCCCAAAACAGCGCGACCACGGUGUACAACUCCACGGUCGUGUCUGCCUACUUCUAUUCUGGGACGACAUGGAUCAGCUACGAUGAUACGCAGACCAUCUCUACCAAGGUUGCGUACGCCAAGGGAAGAGGACUUAAAGGUUACUUUGCAUGGCACGUUGGUGGUGAUGACAACUGGGUUCUCUCUCAAACAGCUUCAAGUUCGUGGUGACCCAGACGACGUCCGUGCCCAUACAUCAGAGGGAGACCUCAUUUACUGAUGUUAAUCGAAGUUUGGUCCAAAAUAAUGUGAUGGAUUUUAUAGUAUCCCAUCUCACAAUAAAAUGUAUCCUUACCGGACGAACUCAAGCAAGAUCCAAUAAUGUAAUGGAUUUAUAGAA